GGGGCGGCGCGGCGCUCGAGCGGGCGGUUGGGCCCGGUGGAGAAAUGGCUCAAGAAGAGAUGGAAGUUGAUCUCCAACCAGUGGCUGGUUACUCAGUGGAGACCCUCCAGACACUCCCCCCGGAGCCCUCUGCUCACACAGCGCUCUCGUCCCACGUUCCUGUGCUCGGGGAAGGAGGAGGCAGCGCUGCAGCCCUUCCUGCUGAGGAUGCUGUUGUCACAGCCAGUGCAGGUGCAGGGGAAGCACCUGCAGAGCCUGACCUGCAGACGGGUCCUGCCACGGCCCCCAGUGGGCAGCAGAGGCUACAAGGGACGUUGGAUCAGUACCAACCACUGCCCGUGCCACAGCUCACACAGCACCCGCCAGUGAGGAGAGCUCGCAGGCAGCAGAGAAUUGGUGGUUCCCAGAGGACAAUCAGUGCCAGGGCAGCAUUGGACCAUUACUUUCAAGUCAGUAGGACCCAAGAGCCAUCUGCAGGGCCAGUUCCACACCCGGAGUUCCCCACUAUUGUGAGGGAUACCCAGGCACAGCACCCAGUCGAGACAAUAGAAGUGAGUGACUCUGACAGCAGCACUUCUGAAGAGGCGGAGGAAACAGUGGAGGCAGCAGCACCACUGUUACCAUCAGCCCAGGAGACUCCUCCAGCAGCAGGCUCAGGAGUUUCCAGUCAGGUCCAAGCAGAACCAUCUCAAGCUUUGUCUCAAGCUUCUGCAGAACAUGAAAAUCAUGAAGAUGAACCUGAAGUCCAGCAAAAGCAAACAACUCCAUUAAAGAAACUGGAGUCAUCAGUUCCUGUUGCACAUCAGGAUGAGGAGGAAGGAGAUACCUGUGCGAUCUGCUUUGAGCAGUGGACCAACGCUGGGGACCACCGCCUGUCUGCGCUGCGGUGUGGGCACCUCUUUGGCUACACCUGCAUUGAGAGGUGGCUCAAGGGACAGGCAGGGAAGUGUCCUCAGUGCAAUAAGAAGGCCAAGCGUUCCGACAUCGUGGUCCUGUAUGCCCGCACGCUGAAAGCGCUGGACACCAGUGAGCAGGAGCGCAUGAGAAGCUCUUUAGAAAAGGAGCAAAUAUUGCGGAGACAGGCAGAGCUGGAAUCUGCACAGAGCCGUCUCCAGCUCCAGGUUCUGACAGGUGAAUGCAGAAAGCUCCGCAAGCAAGUUCAGGAGCUGAAGGCUCUGGUGGCCCAGUACAAUGUGAGCACUUUGCAGCAGCCUGGCAGCUCCCACACCUGCCUCCCAAGCAGCCUCCCUUCCAGCCAAAGCCAGCGCAAGUACCACUUGGAAAAGGUUUUUUUGGUGUCUCAGACUGGCAACUGCAGAGUGAUGGCAUACUGUGACUCACUGAGUUGUCUUGUGGUAUCACAGCCUUCUCCACAGUCUACCUUUAUUCCUGGCUAUGGUGUUAAGAUGAUGAGCUUGGCCAACCUGAAGAGCAGUCAGUACAUCCCCAUCCACAGCAAACAGAUUCGGGGCCUGGCCUUUGGCACUCGAGCUGAUGGUUUGCUGCUCUCUGCUGCCCUGGACAACACUCUCAAACUCACCAGCUUGGCAACAAACACUGUGGUGCAGACAUACAAUGCUGGCCGUCCUGUGUGGAGCUGCUGCUGGUGUCUUGAUGAUACAAACUAUGUCUAUGCUGGAUUGGUCAAUGGCUCUAUCAUGAUAUAUGAUCUGAGAGACACAAACUCUCAUGUCCAAGAACUGGUUCCUCAGAAGUCAAGGUGCCCCAUGGUGUCGCUGUCCUACCUGCCCCGGAUGGCCUCAGCGUCGCUGCCUUAUGGUGGGAUAUUGGCUGGGACCUUGGAAGGAGCCUGCUUUUGGGAACAGAAAGCUGGCAACUCCUACCAGCCUCAUCACCUGCCCCUGGAACCCGGAGGUUGCAUCGAUCUCCAAACAGAGAUCAACACGCGGCACUGCCUGGCAACGUACAGGCCUGGUAAAAAUAACCCAUGUAUGCAUUGUGUGAUGAUGGAACUGACUUGCAGCCCACUGACAGAAGGCUCAGAAGAUGUGGUGUGUUCUUCUAACCCAGUUCAGACUUUCAGUGCUGGUCCCACUUGCAAGUUGCUGACCAAAAGUGCCAUUUUUCAGAGCCCAGAGGAUGAUGGGAGUGUCUUUGUGUGUGCUGGUGAUGAGGCAUCCAAUUCUGCUCUGCUCUGGGAUGCUGGAAGUGGUUCCUUGCUUCAGAGGCUGCCAGCUGACCUGCCUGUGCUGGAUAUCUGCCCCUUGGAAGUGAACCAAAGCCACCUCUUGGCUACUCUGACAGAGAAGAUGGUGAAGAUCUAUAAAUGGCAGUGAGCUGUUCCUAUGUUUGCCACAGACUGUCCAAAUAAUGCUGCUGAUAACCCUACACAACUGUUCAGUCCUGCACUUGCUGCUUACAGGAGACAGGGUCCAUUACAGCACCUUUCUGGUGGGAAGGAACUGGGAUAUGCUGGUGCCCAGAGCAAUUCCUUUCUUCUUCUGUAUUCCUCUUUAGGCCUGCCCUUAUUUCUUCUUCUGUCCUUUUUUUAGUCAAACUCCACAAGCUGCCUCAGCACAGCAAUAGUUCCUGAAGUGUCUCCAGUGUGUUACUGCACUUUUUUUUUUCCACUGUGCAUACAGCACAGGGAAUUUCAAAUCUCUGCUACUAAUGAAUAAAAUAAGAGGAGCUUGAAGACCUGAGACUCUCACUGCACUUUCUUGUGGAAGCUUGCCAUGACUACUGGGUGAUGAAAAGGCAUCUUGUAGCAUUGCUGAUACAGUGUGAAAGCAAGUUCACUGCACACUUCCAGUGGGAAGCACACUCCCAGUGUUCUGUUGAAGGUCUAGGGUCAGUUAGCAGUUAUUCCCCAACAAGGAUGGAUCCUGUUUUGGGGCCAUGGAGAGAACAGGCUUGAAAAAUCUACAGAGAAUCUUUUCCCUUCAUAAUUUUUUCCCAUUAACAUAUAAUUUGCACUGUAAUUCCCUAAUUCUCUGCCUUUCCCUUCUCUCUUUCCUGCUUUACCUGCAACAAACUUGGACAGUUUGGUUGUGGAAAAUAAAAAUAGUACUGGAGAAGUACAAGUAAAGAGGGAGAUGAUUCUUGUACUGC